GGGGCCUGGGCUGGCAUGGCUGCGGGGCCGCAGGGCUCCGAGGUCCUGCUGAGUGGCUGGGACCGGCUGGUGUGGUGCCUGACUCGCCGCCGCCGCCGCCGCCGCUGGGUGCUGAAGACUUGCCAAGGAGGAAACGUGCAGGUCCUGCCGCUGAUGCCGAAACCAUGGUGCAUCUCCAGGGCUGUGUACCAGAUGACGGAGGGCCGUCGAUGUCAAGUACAUCUUCUUGAUGACAGGAAGCUGGAACUCCUAGUACAGCCCAAGCUUUUGGCCAAGGAGCUGCUUGACCUCGUGGCAUCGCACUUCAAUCUGAAAGAGAAGGAGUACUUCGGAAUAGCCUUCACAGAUGAGACGGGACACUUAAACUGGCUUCAACUCGAUCGAAGAGUCUUGGAACACGACUUUCCCAAAAAGUCGGGACCAGUGGUUUUAUACUUUUGUGUCAGGUUCUAUAUAGAAAGCAUCUCAUACCUGAAGGACAAUGCCACCAUCGAACUCUUCUUCCUCAACGCCAAGUCCUGCAUCUAUAAGGAGCUGAUUGAUGUUGACAGCGAAGUGGUGUUUGAAUUAGCCUCCUAUAUUUUACAGGAGGCAAAGGGAGAUUUUUCUAGCAACGAGGUGGUGAGAACAGAUCUGAAGAAGCUGCCAGCACUUCCCACGCAGGCCCUGAAGGAGCACCCCUCACUAGCCUACUGUGAGGACCGGGUCAUCGAGCACUACAAGAAGCUGAACGGGCAGACCAGAGGCCAAGCCAUCGUCAACUACAUGAGCAUCGUGGAGUCUCUUCCGACCUAUGGGGUUCACUAUUACGCGGUGAAGGACAAGCAGGGGAUACCAUGGUGGCUGGGACUGAGCUACAAAGGCAUCUUCCAGUAUGAUUACCACGAUAAAGUCAAGCCCAGGAAGAUAUUCCAAUGGAGACAGCUGGAGAACCUGUAUUUCAGAGAGAAGAAGUUUUCUGUGGAAGUUCAUGACCCCCGCAGGGCCUCGGUGACGAGGAGGACCUUUGGACACAGCGGCAUUGCAGUGCACACGUGGUACGCGUGUCCAGCGCUGAUCAAGUCCAUCUGGGCUAUGGCCAUCAGCCAACACCAGUUCUAUCUGGACAGAAAACAGAGUAAGUCCAAAAUCCAUGCUGCCCGCAGCCUGAGCGAAAUCGCCAUUGACCUGACGGAGACGGGGACGCUGAAGACGUCCAAGCUGGCCAACAUGGGCAGCAAGGGCAAGAUCAUCAGUGGCAGCAGCGGCAGCCUCCUCUCGUCAGGUUCUCAGGAGUCAGAUAGCUCUCAGUCGGCCAAGAAGGACAUGCUGGCGGCCCUGAAAUCCAGGCAGGAAGCGCUGGAGGAAACGCUCCGCCAGCGGCUGGAAGAGCUGAAGAAACUCUGCCUCCGAGAAGCGGAGCUGACUGGCAAACUGCCCGUUGAGUAUCCCCUGGACCCAGGCGAGGAACCACCCAUUGUGCGAAGAAGAAUCGGGACAGCCUUCAAACUGGACGAACAGAAAAUCCUGCCCAAAGGAGAGGAAGCCGAGCUGGAACGCCUGGAGCGGGAGUUUGCCAUUCAGUCCCAGAUUACAGAGGCUGCCCGCCGCCUGGCCAGUGACCCUAACGUCAGCAAAAAACUCAAGAAGCAGAGGAAAACCUCCUAUCUGAACGCACUGAAGAAGUUGCAAGAGAUUGAAAGCGCAAUCAAUGAGAACCGCGUCAAGUCUGGGAAGAAACCCACCCAGAGAGCCUCGCUGAUCAUCGACGAUGGAAAUAUUGCCAGUGAAGACAGUUCCCUGUCAGAUGCGCUUGUUCUGGAAGAUGAAGACUCUCAGGUCACCAGCACACUGUCCCCCUUACAGUCCCCUCACAAGGGGCUCCCUCCUCGGCCACCAUCGCACAACAGGCCGCCUCCUCCUCAGUCCCUGGAGGGACUCAGGCAGAUGCACUAUCACCGCAACGACUAUGACAAGUCGCCCAUAAAGCCCAAAAUGUGGAGCGAGUCCUCUUUAGAUGAGCCUUAUGAGAAGGUCAAGAAACGUUCGUCCCACAGUCACUCCAGCAGCCACAAGCGCUUCCCCAGCACGGGGAGCUGUGCCGAAGCAGGAGGGGGAAGCGGCUCCCUGCAGAACAGCCCAGUCCGCAGCCUCCCGCACUGGAACUCGCAGUCCAGCAUGCCGUCCACGCCAGACCUCCGAGUCCGCAGUCCCCACUACGUCCAUUCCACGAGGUCGGUGGACCUCAGCCCCACGCGGCUGCACAGCCUCGCCCUGCACUUUAGGCACCGGAGCUCCAGCUUGGAGUCCCAGGGCAAGCUCCUGGGCUCGGAGAAUGACACAGGGAGCCCCGACUUCUACACGCCACGGACUCGUAGCAGCAAUGGCUCGGACCCCAUGGACGACUGCUCAUCGUGCACCAGCCACUCGAGCUCGGAGCACUACUACCCGGCGCAGAUGAACGCCAACUACUCCACGCUGGCCGAGGACUCGCCGUCCAAGGCGCGCGCACGGCAACGACAGCGGGCGGCGGGCGCGCUGGGCGCGGCGAACUCGGGCAGCAUGCCCAACCUGGCGGCGCGCGGCGGCGGGCACGGCGUCUACCUGCACAGCCAGAGCCAGCCCAGCUCGCAGUACCGCAUCAAGGAGUACCCGCUGUACAUCGAGGGAGGCGCCACGCCUGUGGUGGUGCGCAGCCUGGAGAGCGACCAGGAGGGCCACUACAGCGUCAAGGCGCAGUUCAAGACCUCCAACUCGUACACGGCGGGCGGCCUGUUCCGAGAGAGCUGGCGCGGCGGCGACGAGGGCGACGCGGGUCGCCUGACGCCAUCGCGCUCUCAGAUCCUGCGGACUCCGUCGCUGGGCCGCGACGGCGCCCACGACAAGGGGGCGGGACGCGCCGCCGUCUCGGACGAGCUGCGCCAGUGGUACCAGCGCUCGAGCGCCUCGCACAGGGAGCACAGCCGCCUGUCGCACACCAGCUCCACCUCCUCUGACAGCGGCUCCCAGUACAGCACCUCCUCCCAGAGCACCUUCGUGGCGCACAGCAGGGUCACCAGGAUGCCCCAGAUGUGCAAGGCCACGUCAGCUGCCUUACCUCAAAGCCAGAGAAGCUCAACACCAUCGAGUGAGAUUGGAGCGACCCCCCCCAGCAGUCCCCACCACAUCCUAACCUGGCAGACUGGAGAAGCAACGGAAAACUCGCCCAUUAUGGAUGGGUCUGAGUCUCCAACUCACCAAAGUACUGAUGAAUAGAGGAGAACUUCCAGAAGGAAACACGUGGGUGGUGUGGAAGCUGUUACUGUCGUGUCUUCUUUCUAGAUACAUGUGCAGCUUGCUGUCUGUGUGUAUGUUUUUAACAUCGGAUGUUAGCUAUUCCCACUGCCGCUUCCCAGAAAAGCCCUCAAAGGGUGUUUUAGACUCUCCCAGGCUCUACGUCCAUGCAGGUUCUUGUAGACACUUUUACUGGUGUAGUACGCCACUGUUUAUUGAGAAGGACAGCACUGCGUAGUUUACAUCACAAAAGCCAAGGGCAUUUGAUGCAGAAGCACCUGAAGCUCACCCAUGACGUCAUCCCAAUGGUUUUGAAUGACAGCGGGAUACUCUACCGGGUGGGGCAGGGCCCUCCCUGUUUUCUGAAAUGUGGUCCACAGGUGACCCUCCUCCUUGUCAGGACCUACAGAGUUCAGAUCUGCGUUUUAGUGCGAUCCUGGGGUGAGUCAAAACCAUGUUGGAAUUUGCACAAGCCCUGCUCUUGUGGGCCAGAAAAAAACAUUAUUCCCCAGUCUGGUUCCUGGCUGCAGGGGCCACAAUCGAGCUGAGAGACAAGGCAUUGAAUGUACCGGCUUUCAAGGGUUAACUAAAAAGGAUGCCAUUCAGGAGUGGAUUUUUUUAAAAUUUGUCAAUCAAAAAUUGGAACCCUAUUUCAGAAACCCUGCGAGAGACCAGAGUUCAAGUUCAAAUCCAUUUGAAAAUCUAUCAAUGAGGACACGCACAAGGGGAGUAAGAAAUUGCAGCACUUAGUGUCAUUUUGCUGAAGAAAGGAGCUAGAUUCCAGCCUCAAAAGUAGGGUAGGGACAAGAUCUUGCACCAAAGGAGGGAGACAUGGAGCCGUUUUUACUGCAGGUGCCCUGAGCUGGCAGAUGGGGGCUUAAGGAGAACAGGGACUUAGCCUUUGAGAGAAAGAUGGUGUUUAAAAAGUUGCUGUUGUGGCUCAGUGGAAAUGAAUCUGACUAACAUCCAUGAGGACACAGGGUCCAUCCCUGGCCUGGCUCAGAGAGUUAAGGAUCCAGCCUUGCCAUGAGCUGGAGGGUAGGUCGCAGACGUGGCUCAGACCUUGUGUUGCUGUGGUGUAGGCCAGCAGCUGUAGCUCCAAGUCAACCCCUAGCCUGCGAGCCGCUAUAUGCCACGGGUGCAGCCCCUAAAAAGACAAAAAGAAAAAAAAAAAAUUGAGUAAAUUUGCAAGAUCUUAGCGGCUUUAUUUCAGUGACUCAUGAAUCAGGCCGCAUUCAGUCAAGCAGAUAGGAGCUCUGAGGAGCUGAACAAAAGGGGACUAACAGGCAGGAGGGAGCAGGAUCAGGGAAGUUGUCCCAGGUGAGAGGUGGGCUGGUUCUGGCCAGGGCUCCGUCAGGCAGACGCCCUCACUGUGAUGAGCAGGCGCGUCGGGACGGGACGGGUUCAGGAUUCCAUUUCACAGCUGAAGCCAGGUCUUGGUUUGGUGAUGUGGAGCUUAGCCUAAGUGACUUCAUUUUGGACCUGUUGUCUUAUUAACAAUGUCCGCCUUUUCAGCAGACUCUCAGCCUAAGACAGGUGGUCAAAAUGUAUGCGUGCUGCUUCCAGCUGCUGCUCUGGGGCUCUUCCCAGGUUUUGCUGAAUCUCUGUGUGGUGUUCGUGGUUUGUGACAUUGGGUCAGGUUUUUUGAGGAGACCGUUCUCUUUGUUCUUUUUCUGCUGUUCUCUUCUGAGGGAGCUCAUUUACUUGGUGGCUGCAAAGUUGCAUUGGAAGCUUUUGAGAGAACAGAGCACACGAGGGUGGCCCCUGUGCUGACUAAGCCGAGGCAUGCCCAGUGCCUGGAGUUGACUUCGGAGCCAUGGUUCCCCAAGACCCAGACUAAUCAGAACCAAGUGAAUCCAAGAAAGAGACCAUUGAAGGAGUCCCUUUGUAAAGCUACCUGGCUAGUUUUGUGAUCUUCCAGAGCUGAGUCUCAACCUCUCCAGAAGCGUCGGCCCAGGUGCAGCAGUGGUGUUGGUCACAGCACAGACACCUUGCUCAGCUACAGGACAGUCAAGGGGCUGUCUUUUCAAGAACAACUUUGGCCUGAAAGUCGAGGGAUUUUUGUUGGGCAGCUAUUGCUUUAGCAGCAGAUUCUGCAAUUUCUUGAAGAGUUGAGGAGAGAUUCCUGAUCAGAGCUUCACGUGUGCCACCUCGCAGCCAGGGCAGCAGGGACCUGCCAGGGGAAGCAAAUUUUGCAUCGUGAGUGCUUCCUGGUAAUUCGUGUUGCAGGCUGUGGCUCAGCCUUCAAAAGGUGAAUGCCUGGAGGCCAGUAGAAGUGAAGGCUCUGUACACAGCACCUGGGUUUUAGUCUGCUUGCCUUGCCUUGUGUCCCUGUCUUUGCACAGGGCCUGGAUGCAAGGUUCCCCGGGGUUGUUAACCAGAGACACAGAAACAAACCCCCAGGGUUAGGGAGUUGGAUACAGUAGAGAGAGGGGGUGCUGGCUGAGCUUGACCCAGAGAAACAGAGACCCUGGAAACCAGGCAGAGCUCUGUGAUGGGCAGACCCAUGUCAUCAGCAGCAGAGAGGUCAAUCAAACAGUUGUUUGGCGGUUGAAUUUAUCCCUCCCCCUUGCAAUGGCCCGAGAUAUGUGAACAAUGGCAGUAUCUUUCCAGGACAAAGCCAAGCGAAAAGAUGGACAAAAAAGGAACACCCUCACGGUGUCAGUGUUAGGAAUAGGAUGGUCAGAGAGGGCAGGAGGACGGGAGAGAGAUGUCCUUCGCCUGCCAUCUGGAGAGGAAGCAGUCUACCUCGGCGGCAGCCACUUCUCUUCCUAGUCAGUCUGAUUCGAGGUCUCCAGCUUUGGCACGAGACCAGAGGUCAAGGGGAACCUUCAUCAGUGGUAAAAUGUAUACCCGGAGUUCCCGUCGUGGCGCAGUGGUUAACGAAUCCGACUAGGAAUCAUGAGGUUGCGGGUUCGGUCCCUGCCCUUGCUCAGGGGGUUAAGGAUCCGGCGUUGCCGUGAGCUGUGGUGUAGGUUGCAGACACGGCUCGGAUCCCGCGUUGCUGUGGCUCUGGCGUAGGCCGGUGGCUACAGCUCCGAUUCAACCCCUAGCCUGGGAACCUCCAUAUGCCGUGGGAGCAGCCCAAGAAAUAGCAACAACAACAACAACAACAACAAAAAGACAAAAGACAAAAAAAAAAAAAAAUGUAUACCCAAGGCCUGAUACCACGUAGUAUGGCAGCUGGUGGUCAAGAGUUCUUGGUAGGUUCCUUUCCAUGAAUCACUUUUGCAAAAAAAGCAUCAGAGUAGAGAGUUCCCUUCAUGGCUCAGUGGUUAACGAACCCAACUAGUAUCCAUGAGGUUGUGUGUUCGAUCCCUAGCCUCGUUCAGUGGAUUAAGGAUCCCGUGUUACUGUGAGCUGUGCUGGAGGUUGCAGAUGAGGCUUGGAUCCUGCAUUGCUGUGGCUAUGGUGUAGGCCGGCAGGGAUAGCCCCGAUUCGACCCCUAGCCUGGGAACCUUCAUAUGCCAUGGGUACAACCCUAAAAAGCAAAGAAAAGCUUAAAAAAAAAAAAAAAGUCCAAGUAAAACAAUAACUAACUGUAAAUGACAAAAGACAAUGCCUGCUGCUAACGAUCUAAUGAGAGUUCACUUAGAAUUGACGAAGGAAGUUUGGUUGUUUCUGUGAUAGACGGCAUUUUAAGAGUAGGAGCAAUAACAUUAUGCCAAGACAUAUCACAUUUCUAGGAAUUUCACUCCAUUUCUAGAAUACUUACUUGGAUUAAAAACAUGCUUCCAUACAAAUAACUCAGAAGGUUGACCACCGCUUGGUUGACAAUGCUUCCCGUGGAAGUGCGCACUGAACCCCAUCCGUGUAACAGCUCUCCUGAGGUGAGGAACUGAUGUUUGAAACCUGGCUUAGGUCACCAUAAGAACGAGGGGACACAUGCAUUCAGUUGACAAGAUGUUAGUGUGGAGUCGGCCAGGCAGAACCAAAUCCAACCGAAAAGCCAAAAAAAGCAGGGGAGGCCUUCAGGUGGUGUUUAUGACAGCAUCAGGGAGAGAAGAAAAAUCAUGUUACAGGACAGGCCAGGGAGCCCCAGCACCAUGGGCCACACUGGAGUUCUAUUUUUUUUUAAGGCUACACCUGCAGCACAUGGAGGUUCCCAGGCUAGGGGUCUCAUCGGAGCUGUAGCCACCAGCCCAUGCCAGAGCCACAGCAACGAGGGAUCCGAGCCA